CCUUCUACUACAGACAGCGGUCGCUGCACGGACAGUGUUGACAUGGAUAACUCUCUACCGUCAAUGUUUAUAUAGUAAACUGGAUAUAAUUGUUGUUUUUUGCACUCCGUGCGUCACAUUUCGGUGCAGUUUGCUUUAAAUAUUCACAAACCUCCAUUUUUAACUAGCCAAAAAUGCAAAUAUUACGAAUGGAGCGCGUGGUAAUAUUUGUAAACUAGGCCUUGCGGCGCCUCGGGUUUUCCUACGGACUCAAUACGGCAUGACGCUCCCGGGCCUCGGACACCAGCGACACUCCACACUCGGUGCUAAAUAGUGGCAUUAGACGCUGAGGUCAUCUAAACUGGUGGGGAGAAAACCCAGCUUUGUGAUCUGCCUUCAUUUGUGUAACACAUUGCAGUGUAUCUGACUCGAUACAGUCAGUCUGAGGUGGGAUAUUGAAGUGGAACUGGAUACACUGAAGUUCCACCGCUGAAAACAUCGAAUUUAAGGAUUCUGGUGCUGAAAUAGGCUAUCCACAUCUUCAUCAUGGCCUCGGUUCCAGUGUAUUGCUUGUGCCGACUCCCUUAUGAUGUCACACGCUUCAUGAUCGAGUGUGAUGUUUGUCAGGACUGGUUUCAUGGAAGCUGUGUUGGCGUGGAAGAAGAUAAAGCAGCAGACAUUGACCUGUACCACUGCCCUAACUGUCAAGUGACACAUGGACCCUCUGUCAUGCGUAAGCGGCGUGGGGGUUCUAAGCAGGCAGAUGGUUCAGGGAGCAGGAGAGAUUCAGGGCGACCUGUGAAGACUGGGAGUGCUCAGUUUGUUCGUGAGUUGCGCAGCCGCACUUUCCCCAGUGCUGAUGAGGUCCUGCUGAAGCCAACAGGAGCCCAGCUCACAGUGGACUUUCUGGAGGAGCGCUCCUUCAGUGUUCCAGUGCUUGUCUUGAGGCGGGAUGGGUUAGGAAUGAGUCUGCCUCCUCCAUCAUUCUCUGUGUCUGAUGUUGAGCACUUCAUUGGAAGCGAUAAAGAAAUCGAUGUGAUUGACGUAAUACGUCAGGCAGACCUGAAGAUGAAACUUGGGGAUUUUGUCGAGUACUAUAAUAGCACCAACCGCGACAGAGUGCUCAAUGUGAUAAGCCUGGAGUUUUCAGAUACCAGGUUGUCUAACCUUGUAGAGACCCCAAAGAUUGUGAGGAAACUAUCAUGGGUGGAAAACCUCUGGCCAGAAGAGUCUGUGUUUGAGAGGCCAAAUGUGCAGAAGUACUGUCUGAUGGGGGUGAAGGAUAGCUACACUGACUUCCACAUUGAUUUCGGAGGAACUUCGGUGUGGUACCAUGUACUGCGGGGUGAGAAGAUUUUCUACCUGAUCCGUCCGACUCCUGCUAACCUGGCACUGUUUGAGCGCUGGAGCUCCUCUUCCAAUCAGAAUGAGCUCUUCUUUGGGGACCAAGUGGACAUGUGCUACAAGUGCUCACUUAAGCAAGGAAACACUCUGUUUAUUCCGACUGGAUGGAUCCAUGCAGUUCUUACUCCAGUUGACUGCCUGGCAUUUGGUGGAAAUUUUCUUCACAGCCUCAACAUCGACAUGCAGCUUCGAGCAUAUGAAAUAGAGAAGAGACUCAGCACAGCAGACUUGUUUAAGUUUCCUAACUUUGAAACUGUGUGCUGGUAUGUUGGCAAGCACCUCCUUGAUACUUUCAGAGGUCUGAGGGAAAAUCGACGGCAUCCUGCCUCUUACCUGGUCAAUGGAGCCAAGGCGCUUAAUAAUGCUUUCAGAAGUUGGACUCGCAAAGAGUCCUUGGCUGAGCAUGAAGAUGAGAUUCCAGAAACCAUUAAUACCCAACAACUGGUAAAGGACCUGGCUAAAGAGAUACGACUUGUAGAGGACAUCUUCCAGCAGAAUAUAAACAGGAGUGGGGCUCCCUUCGGUGGAUCACAGGCCCUUCCGCCUGCUCACCCAAAACCUCCAUUAACCACUCCUCUCAACCCUGGCAGACCUCCGGGUAAAAAAAGAGGCCCUAAACCCAAGGAAGGACCCGGUGGUGGAGGCAUAGGACCUCCGGGGGUCAAGAAAAAAGGCCAGAAAGGGAAGGAGAUGAAGAUGGAGGCAGGAGAACUGGAUCUGCUUGAGAUUCAUACUAAACACACCCUGAAGAAAUUUCAACCAGGAAAUAAAUCGAAAAACAAGAGCAAGAUGGACCUGCCAGGUGCCUGUGUAGAAGAGUUUGAAGGGAAAAUAAAUAAGAGCAAGCUUAAACUUGUUCUCACCAAUGGGAAGAUCCAAGGGAAGAAGGGAGGUUGCUCUCGCAACACAAAUGGAGCAGGACGUACUGCUCAGUUCCAGCCUCUAACCAGCAGCUCAGCUCUUUCAUCAGACUUUGAUUCUGAAGACGAGCUUCAAAUAGACGAAAGUCCUCCUCCUCGCCGCAGGCCAGUUGUACCCACCAAAAAGAAACUGGCUGUAGGUCUUCCCAGGAAACUACCACGAGCAAAACCAUGCUCAGAUCCACACCGCGUCAGAGAGCCCGGGGAGGUGGAUUUUGACAUCGAGGAGGAUUACACCACAGAUGAAGAGAUGCUCACUGUGCAAGGAUUAAAGGCAGGAGCAGGUGGCAUCUUGGACUUGCUUAAGGCUAGCAAACAGGUAGCUGGCUUGGACCACGCUGUCAGUGAGGAAGCACCAGCCUCUCCUAGCACCCGUGAUGCCAUCCAGGGCAUGCUAUCCAUGGCCAAUCCGCCGUCUUCUUCUUCUUCUUCAUCCUCUUCUUCUUCUUCUCCCUCGUCCUCUCCUUUGUCUUUGUCUGGAGGGGGCGAAAGGAUGGCAACAAUAAAGGAUAAAUCCAGGAGGGCCAUGUGGGUUGGUGGUGCAGAGAAGAAGAGUGAGAAGAAGGCGAUCAUUCAAAGGCCAGGCAAGCGGCCCAUCAAACGGCCUGCCAGACACCUCAGUGAUGACGACAGUCCUGAUGAGCAGGAGACACUGGGAACCUGUUUUAAAGACUCUGAUUAUGUGUACCCUUCAUUAGAGUCAGAUGAGGAAGAACACACACUGAAGUCCAAAAUGAAGAGAAAGAGAAACUGGGAUGAUACACCCUGGAGUCCUAAAGCUCGCGUGACUCCCACCCUACCUAAGCAGGAGCGGCCAGUCAGGGAGGGGGCCCGAGUCGCAUCUGUUGAGACUGGGCUUGCUGCUGCUGCUGCCAAACUGGCACAACAGGAGCAACAGAAGACUACAACAAAGAGAAAAUACACAAAAAAGAAGAUUCCUCAAGAGAAAGGGCAGUCAGUAGCAUCCCAUCUCCAGAUACAGCCAGACUCAAUGUCACCACCGCUGCCCCCCGAGCCUCUGGUGGACUGCAUCACAGAGGAGAGGAGAGGAGAGACGUACUCGGCCAGCCUGCUGGACCAUGAAUACACAGCAGGUCCAGGCCCGUUUGGCCCAGGUGGCCCCAGAGGGAGUGCCGCCAUGGCUCCGGGCGUUUUCCUCACCUCAAGACGACCCUCUCUCUCUCCGCAGAACAGCAGCAGCUAUUCCCCUUCUGCACCCUCACCUGCUGGGAUGGCAAGUCCUGGGGCUGCUGGGGUAGCACAAGGGAAACGCCCAAAGAAAGGACUUGCCACAGCUAAACAGAGACUGGGAAAGAUUUUGAAAAUACACCGCAAUGGCAAACUUCUUCUGUAGAGAUCACUGGGAAAGGUGAGAUGUGGUGAUGUUCUCAGGAGGAGAAGAAGGAGAGCAAAGGGACAAACAUGGAGGAAAAGGGGGAAGAAAAACAGCUGAAGGAUAAUGUUGGAGAACAAAGAACAGACUGAUUUUUUUUUUUUUUUUUUUUUUUUUUUUUAAAUAUUAUAAUUGUGACUUGUUUCAUGUAAAAUACUCUGUUCAACAUUUGUAAGCUCAAUACCUCUUUUUAGCGCGCAUUUUAUUACCCUUUUAUUUAACAUAUUAGCCUUUGUUUGUCAACAUUUAAUGAAUUAUUACAAAUAUUCAUUCUGAAAAAGAAGUAGAAGCACUUCAGGGGUUAGUGUGUAUAUGGCUUCAGUCUUUAUUGCUGUAAUAUGGGUUACUUUUGGGUUACAUAACUGCUAUGUAAAAUGAGUGAAUUGGUGGAAAUGAGACCUCUAAUUGUGCAAGGUUCUAUUUUACAGUGGACUAAACAGCUGUGAGUCAAAGUACAGUGAAAUUUGGGGAAAGGGGACUGUGAUUUAAAAGGAAGUGCAGCAUUUUCAUGUAAUGAGGCAAGUAAUUAAACGGAUAACAUAUAAGGCAGGAUUAACUACCUUUUUUUUUUUUUUUUUUUACCUGUGAUACAAUUUAACCAUUCCAAAUUUCUCAAUUCAGUCAUUCAUUCAGAACCACACUGGAUCUGUAGAGUAGUUGGAUAUUAUGAGGAACCCUACGGUAGCAAUGAGUCCUAAAAACUGCAUCAGGGCUGAGGAUUGGUCUGAUCUUUUUAUCUGCAAAAGCCUGUGAGACUGCUGGUUUUUAAUUCCAGCCAAAUAAGUCGCACACUAAUAGUCAUCUGAGGUCCACGGUUGAUUAUGUGUAAAGCAGAGAAAUCUGUUGACUACCAUUCACUUCUGGCCAUGAAGAGUUAAAUUUAGAAAAGGUGAAUUUUAAAAACACACACAUUAAAUAUCUCCUAUAUAGCUAUCUCUUUGCCUCGAACAAAGAUGUUUGAUGUUAAAAUGUUGUGGCUGGGAGACUGACUGAGAGAUACGGUGGUUCUUGGAUAACUUUAUAACAACGAGCAGAAGCAUCAAAGAGCUAGUUAUCACUUACCAGUGGUGGUCUGUUUUUUUUUACUGCGUAUUAUCCUUCUAUUUUGGUCUCAUUCAAGAACAUGUGUUAUGAUUUGGACAUCUUAGUGCUAGUAAAGCUCUAUAAUGACUAGACUUGUACAAAAGCCUUCACAAAUCCUUUUAAACAUUAGUCUAAGUUUUAUUUUGUUACCCGUGUUGACUUUUAAAUACAUUUAUUGUAAGUGUCCUAUACAUCGUCAAUACAUCAUCUCCUGACCACGCCAAGCAUUUUCAGCUUUUGCUUUGCAAUUCUGGGUUGAAAUUUGUUGUCUUUUGCUCACGUAGACAGGACGGUAAUUGAGCGAUUAAGGGAUCUUGUCAUGUUUGAUGUCUGGAUUAUCCAAACAUAAUAUCUCACUGUGAAUGUUGUUCUCCUGCACGAGAAUCCUUCACGGAGUCGUCGGUGCACAUAACGUGUAUAGAUAAGGUCGAUAGUUGUAUUCAAUAGUGUCACUUGGUAGCAGCUGAUUUGCCAUGAUCUUAUAACGAACAGGAAGUCAUUCUACCCUCAGCACCUUGUAAUGCUUUUAGUUCGAGUGCUCGCUUCUCACUGCUUGCUCCCAUGUUUUAACACAGUCAUGUAAUGCAUUUCUACUGAUAAUGGAUGACAGCUUUGUAAAUAUAUCUAUUUUUAGUCACUCAGCGCAGACCGUAGGACGUCUUGAUGUCUUGUUCUUAGGGUUCACCUGUUUGCAUUCAUGUAUUUAAAUGUAGUGUCUACUGGCUGAUUUCAGCAGGAGUGGUGUGGUACAUUCUAGUAAAAUGGUAAUGCAUCUAAUACUGAAUUAGGCUAGGUGUGAUGAGGAAGGCUUGAGGCUUAGUGUACAUACAUCGGUGUAAUUUUGUUAUAGUUACAGUUGAAAGGUUUGUUGCAUUGAAAUCUUUCUUAACAUAUCUUGUACAAAGAUACCUAAAUGUCUUGGGGGGUGGGGGGGUGUGUGUGAGAUAGUUUAACUGCAUCUGUUUAGUCAUUUUUAUUUGUAUAGGAUAAAUAUGUUAUUAGUUUUGGUUUCGUUGGAAGGUGAUGAUGAAGUUAAUGUGUUCAUAAUGUUGCUAGUUUACGUUUUCAUUUCCUGCUCUCUGCAUUACAAAUGUAAACUCUUGAGUCAGUAUGUUUUUUUUGUUUGUUUGUUUUUUUUUUUUUUUUGCUUUUUAAUAUUCAGAUGAAUAGAAUCGUUUCUUAGUAAAUCCGAUUAUUAUGGAUAUUUGGCGAAUAUGGCUGUAAAGAUGGAAAAUACCAAUGAGAUAAGGACCUUGAAUGAAUUGCCCUCUACCAUGUUCAAAUUUUAUCAUGCGAUGAAUGUUAUUAAAGUGAUAUUAAAAAAGGACUGUACUUUAAAAAAAAAAAAAAAAAAUGAAUGAAAAGCAAAUGGGUGAGCAGCCCAGUGAAUCGGAGAAAUAUUCUUUUGUUGCAUUUGUUUUUUUUUUUCCCUGUUGGCCUUUUUAACGUCGGUUCAGUUUUCCAUUUGUAUUUUAGUCCGUUGCUUUCUUUUUAAUCUGUCCGUCACCUUUCCCCGGUUUUUUUCUAUGUCUGUCUUGAGGAAAAAACACAGUUUCUCUCAGGGUUCAUUUUCUAUUUCUAACAUUUACUUGGAAUACAUUUAAAAAAAAAACAAAAAAAAAAACCUGUUCAAAACAAAAAAAUAAAUGUCACACACACGGUCACCACUUUAAAGCAGACGCAAGUUGAAUCCACUGCAUAUUAUUGGAAAUUAGACACAUUUGACCUUGUCCUUGCCAGCUGUUGUACAUUAUGAUCUGGUUUUGUUUUUGUUUGUUUUUUUGGAAGGUUGAUUUUUCUUUUUUUUCUUUUUUCCAAAUGAACUCAAUUAAAGAAUAUUUUUUAAAG